AUGGCUUCCGCAGGAGGAGGCGCCUUUCACUGGUCCAGCUCAUUGAACCCGAGCGCACCAGGCAUGUACAUGACCGCGGCCGAGCUCAUCGCAAUCGCAUUCGAGCGGCAACGCCAGCCCAGCCGCGGCGUCGAAGGCCAACAACAAGAGCGUACAGAGCUUCCGGGGCUGUUUGCGCCAGCACCUCCUACCGCUGGAGGCUUCGGCAACACCGGAGCCGCCCCUCCUCGCCUGCCUGGCCUGUUGGACCCGAACGGGCCAGCCACAAAUAUGUCUGUGGCCGAGAUCGUCGCGGCCGCGUUGGAGCGGCAACGUCAGUAUGACCGCGCCGAACGCCGACAGGAGCGCGGAGAGCUUGUGGAGAUGUUUGAGGCAGCACUCACUCGCCAUAGGGAUGGAGCGCCCGCGCCUGCGCCUGCGCCUGCACCCGCGCCCGCGCCGCGUAACCAUUCAAGCCAAUCUACAGCUGUCCAGGAGUACCAGGAGCUCAUGGAGUUCCCGGAGAUCGAAUACGCGCCCACGGGUGUAGGAUGCUUCGAUGUGAAGGGAAAGAGUGAGGACGAGAUUUUGGAGCUGGUCGCUGAAGAUAUCGGCAUAAUAGCGGACGACCUCGACUUCAUCGACGUCGAGAACGACGGUGUUAUGGAGGGAAUCACCGAGAAGACAGUCGCGAUAUAUAUGUCUUGCUCAUGGACCAACAAUGUUACAUUUGAGGACGAAUCGCUGCUGAAACCAGGAUAUUGGGUAUAUUUAGUUCAAGCGCUUCCAAGACGUAUCCUGUGGGGGACAAAUGGCGUUGUAUUUCGACAUAUCAACCGGAAGUAG